AUUUUUUUUUGGUUUUUGAAUUUUUUGUUUCGCAACUCAAACACUUUUUGCACACUCAACACAAUGCCACCGAAGAAGCGCACCGCAAAGUCCGCCAAGCUCGACGAGGAGGACGAGCCGCAAACCACCACCACCACUGCUGCUGCUGCCAGUGGCGCGGGUGGUGCUGGAGCGCCGCGCGAUCUCGCCUCGCUGAACAAGCUCAAGGUCGACGAACUCAAGGCCGAACUCGCCGCGCUCGGACUCGAAACCGAUGGCCGCAAGCCAGAGCUCGUUGCGCGCCUCUUUGAUGCCAGCAACCCCAAGACUGCUGCUGCUGCUCCUGCUGCCGCAAAGGGCAAGGGCAAGGCCAAAGCCGAAGAACCCGCCGCUGCUGCUGCUGCUGCUGCCGCUGAACCCGCCAAGCGCGGUGCUGGACGCGCCAAGAAGGCCCGCGUCGAAGCCGACGACGAGGAAGAAGCUGCUGCUGCUGCUCCCGAGGUCAAGGCCGAGCCCAUGAAGGUCGAAGAAAAGAAGCCGCUGAAAAACUCGGAGGUGCUCGCCCAGGCCGCGGCUGCCAAGAAGGCGUCGGGCGCUGCGCCCGCCAAGGCCAAGGUCGACGAGCACGCGCUGCGCCAGGUCGCUGGCGUCUCUGUCUACAACGACUACGACUGCAUGCUCAACCAGACCAACUCGGCCAACAACAACAACAAGUACUAUGUCAUCCAGCUGCUCACCAACGGCACCUCGUACUGGACCUGGAACCGCUGGGGCCGUGUCGGCGAGCCUGGCCAGAACGCGCUCAAGGGCUUUGGCACGGGCCUGGCUGCGGCCGAAAAGGACUUUUGCGCAAAGUACAAGGACAAGACGUCCAACACCUGGGACAACCGCGCCAACUUUGUCCCGCGCGCCGGCAAGUACACCCAGAUCGAGAUGGACUACGAGGAGGACGACGCGGACGCCGUCAAGCAGGCCGCGCUGAACAAGCUCAACGCUGCCGCUGGCAAGGCUGCCGCGGCGCGCGCGGCUCCCAAGGUCCGCCCGUGCACGCUGCCGGCCCCCGUGCAGUCGCUGCUCAAGCUCAUCUUUAGCAACGACAUGUUCAAGAACGCCAUGCAAGAGUUCAACAUUGACAUGGCCAAGAUGCCGCUCGGCAAGAUCAGCCUGAGCCAGCUCGCCAAGGGCUACCAAGUCCUCGAGCAGCUCCAGGACGAAAUCAACAACGGCGCCUCGGGCAGCAAGCUGACCCAGCUCUCCGACCAGUUCUACACGCACAUCCCGCACUCGUUCGGCCGCACGCGCCCGCCCACCAUCAGCAGCGCCGCGACCGUGCGCGCCAAGAUGGACAUGCUCGAUGUCCUCGGCGACAUUGCCACCGCCCAGGCGCUCCUCAAGGCCCAGGACGCCGAAGCCGAGAAGGUUGCCGAGACGGUCGAGGAGGUCGACGACCCGCUGACCGUCAACUACAAGGCGCUCAACGCCUCGCUCGUCCCCGUCGACCGCAACUCUGCCCAGUUCAAGGCCAUCGAGGCCUACACCAAGAACACGAGCAGCCAUCCGCCGCAAAUCCUCGACAUUUUCGAGGUUGUUCGCGAGGGCGAGGAGAAGCGCCACGACGUGCACAACGCCAUCAAGGAGCGCAAGCUGCUCUGGCACGGCACCAACGUGGCCGUCGUCGUUGCCAUCCUCAAGUCUGGUCUGCGCAUCAUGCCGCACUCUGGCGGUCGCGUCGGCGCUGGCAUUUACUUUGCCGACAUGAACGAAAAGUCGGCCGGCUACGUCCGCUCUGCCGCCGACCGCACCGGCAUCAUGUUCCUCAACGAGGUUGCGCUCGGCAAGGAGCACGGCAUCUUCCAAGACGACAGCUCUCUCCGCAAGGCGCCUGCUGGCUUUGACUCGAUUGUUGCUCGCGGCACGAUCAUGCCAACGCCCGCCAACGACACAGUGUUCAAGAUUGAGGGUCGCGACGUCGUUGUUCCUCAGGGUCCCCGCAUGAACACUGGCCACCAGUCUUCGUUCCACCACAACGAGUACCUUGUUUACAACGAGAGCCAGUGCCGCAUUCGCUACCUGCUCAAGAUGAAGUUCUAAGCAGCAUCUGUGAUCUGGAAGUUGUUUGACGUGCGUCGUUCAGAACCAUCGUUCAUGUUGUCUAGCUUUUGAUGUUUGAUUGAAAAAAAAAAAAGAAACUCUUUCUCGUGUGUGCAAAUGCAUCUUUUCAGGGUGUU